CAGAAAAACCAACCAUAAUACAAAGUUAUGAAAGCGUAAAGAAACUUCCUAUGCCUGGUAAAUUCUUUAAUGAAUUUAGGCCAUAUGUAAAUUGUACGCAACUUUUUUGGUUUACGCGACGUAUUCGAAAUAAAAUAUCUCCGAAAUUCCAAGACCUAUUAGGAUUUGCUCCAUCAAUGAAUAAAACGUCGUAUAUUGAUCCCAUUAUACAAUCGAUGCCUAUAUCUACCUUUGGUUCUGUCACCAGCUCUAGUUUUAUAUCACUAAUGGCAAUAUCUCCACUAAAUUAUGUGGUUAAUAUGCAGUCUGAACAAAGAUUAAGAACUUUAUUAAGUACUUUUGGUUUGCUUGGAAGUUUAUGGACUAUUGCAGCAGGGAUCUAUGUUUUUUUGUUCGGUAUUGAUAAACUUAAUCCAUUUGGCUGUGUAGUAAAAUGUCCAUGUUUUCGUCGUAAUGCCUGUAAAAAAUUAAGGUCCACUUUUCCUGUAAUUCCUUUUACAAGCAAUUCUGGAACCCAGAUAGAUAUUUUACAAUUGCAUAAUAGGCUUAAUGCUUUAGAAAUGUUUUUAAAAGAACGUAUAUUUGAUGUUGAUUACUUGCAAGAAGAUGUUGCUAAACAAGAAAAUAAUAACAUGAUGAACAGAAAUAGCAUGAACAGAAAUAGCAUGAACACAAAUAACAUGAAUAGAAAUACUAUGAUAAACAGAAAUGACAUGAUAAACAGAAAUGACAUGAUGAACAGAAAUGACAUGAUGAACAGAAAUGACAUGAUGAACAGAAAUGACACAAACAUUUAUUAUUAUACGUAA